AUGACCGAGAAGGAAAAGACUAGCCUGCCCGUGAUCCCGGACUCUAGUGCUACUAUACAAAUUAAAGAAGAAGAAGAUGAAGGUCCAGACCCAAAAUUCACCGUAGAGGAGAUCUUGUUGGGGUGCAAAGUCUAUGUCAACAAGGAAGACGGGAAGAGGCUCGCCGAAAUCCUACAGCAAAACACGAGAAAGGGUAAAAAGGUGUUCUAUGUCCAUUAUCAAGAUUAUAACAAGCGUUUGGAUGAGUGGAUCACGCCGGACAGGAUUGAUUUCCUGAAGCUGAUGAUUCCUCCGGCUGAGAAGGAGGAGAAAAAGCCCGAGAAACUGAAGCUGAAAAAUGGGACCAAGAGCAAAGCCGGAAAGUCGCAGAAACUGUCGACUAAGUCUACACCGCAGCCUAGAGACGAUGAUUACGGGAGUGCUACUCCUUUGGCUAAUGACGAGAUGGAUUUGGAUAACCUUAAUGUCCAGGGGCUCAAGAGACCUGGGGAGGAAGUGAGCCGUGAGGAUGAAAUUAAAAAGCUUAGAACGAGUGGGUCGAUGAUUCAGAACCAUUCUGAAGUGGCCAGGGUGAGAAAUCUUUCCAGCAUCAUCUUGGGAGAGCACAUCAUCGAGCCUUGGUACUUUUCUCCAUACCCUAUAGAGCUCACCGAGGAGGAUGAGAUCUACAUUUGCGAUUUCACACUAUCGUACUUUGGCUCAAAGAAACAGUUUGAGAGACACAGAGCCAAGUGCUCGAUGAAACACCCUCCGGGUAACGAAAUAUACAGAGACGAGAAGGUCAGCUUCUGGGAGAUAGAUGGGAGGAAACAGAGGACGUGGUGUCGAAAUUUGUGUCUCCUCUCCAAGCUUUUUCUUGAUCACAAGACGCUUUAUUACGAUGUUGAUCCCUUUUUGUUCUAUAUCAUGACUAUCAAGUCGCCCCAGGGCCAUCAUGUGGUAGGAUACUUCUCCAAAGAAAAAGAAUCUGCCGAUGGUUACAAUGUGGCGUGUAUCUUGACGCUACCCUGCUACCAAAAGAAAGGUUACGGUAAGUUGCUCAUACAAUUCUCAUACAUGUUGUCUGCAGUUGAGAAUAAGGUCGGCUCGCCUGAAAAACCUCUCUCCGAUCUUGGUCUUCUAUCCUACAGAGCAUACUGGACGGACGUUCUCGUGAAGCUCCUUGUGGAAAGGUGUAAUCCUCACUUAUUCAAGAAGAACAAUAAACGAGAGCUGAGCCUGCGAGAAGAUUCGACACUGCCACCACCCAGAUCCAGUGGAGCCGCUGGCGGCACCGGGCCUGGGCCCGCGGAGAUCACUAUCGAAGAGAUCUCAUCCAUCACUUGCAUGACCACAACUGAUGUUCUUCAUACGUUAUCGACUCUUCAGAUCAUCAAAUAUCACAAGGGCCAACACAUCAUUGUCAUCACGGACCAGAUAAUGGCAUUGUACGAUAAGUUGGUGAAGAAGGUGAAAGAGAAGAAGAAGCAUGAACUAGAUCCCGAAAAACUCCAGUGGACGCCGCCUUCAUUCACAGCAAACCAGCUUCGCUUCGGCUGGUGA